AAAAAAAGUUUAAAAACAAAGUGUAAGAAAAUAUUUACAAACAAGAAAAAUUCACAUGUACACAAUAGGAUGUAUCAGUAGCAAUAUUUAUUGUCAUUUGACUAUAAUUAUUAAAAAAAAAAAACGUGUUGUUUUUAAAAAAAACAUUUUUAAACAUUGAAUAAGAGCUGACUGAAUUCAAAUGGUUAUGUGAUGAUUAUAAAGUGUAGUUACUAUGGUGAUUUCAUUUUAAUCUACAACAAAAAAACCUCCGAAGUGUUUUAUUAGUGUUGUUAUUGUUGUUUUUUGAACAAUUGUUUCAAUAAAUAUUUAUAAUUAAAUAAAAAUGGCAACCAAUAAUAAUGGAUAUAUUGCAACUGGUACUGAUAAAGCUUCAAUACAUUUUGUAAAUAACCACCUCAGCUAUACGGGACAAGAUUGUCACCACAUUCCAGACGCAUUAGGCAAAUUAUAUGGACAAAAAGUACAAAUUUUGGACUUGAGUUUUAAUUCAUUAUACAAUUUGAAAGGUUUAAAUGGAUUUCAAACAUUACAAGAAUUAAUAUUAGAUAAUAACGAAUUAAAUGAUAAUAUACAAUUUCCACUUUUACCCUAUUUACAUACAUUAUCCUUAAAUAAAAAUAAUAUAACGAAUCUAGAACAAUUAAUUGAACAAAUAUAUGAAAAAUUACCACAGCUAACAUACUUAAGUUUAUUAGGUAAUAAAGCAUGCCCUGAUCAGCUAACUGAUAUUGAAAAAGAUGAAAAUGAUUACCAACGAUAUCGAUAUUACGUCUUAUAUAAAUUACCAAAAUUAAAAUUUUUGGAUUCAACAAAAGUCACGGAAGAAGAACGAUUGGAAGCAUUGCGACGUGGUAAAUUUAUGAAAGUUGUGCGACCCACAGAUAAUAAUUUAAAAUUAAAUAAAAGGGAUAAUGACUUAGAGGCAAUCGAAAAAAAUUAUACGCCAUUAUCUGCAACAAAUCCAAGAUCUUCAGAUGAACACAGAGGUGCUUAUGGAAAGAUGCGAUAUCGGUACUCAGGAAAACAUUCAGAAGGAAAUCGAUUUAUAAAAAAUAAUGAUUUAUAAAAUUAAUUGUUCCACUAAUAUUAACAAACAUAUUAAUUUUAAUUCUCAAUUUGUAAUAGUUAAUUAUUUUGUA